AUGGCAUCUCAAGUGGUUAAAAAAAGAAUGGCUGAUCCCUUCCCAAUUUCCAAAAGGGAGAAGUUGCCAAUUAAAGUUUUGAGAUAUGUCUGUUUCAAAAGGAAGCGGCACCUGAGUCCCCCGGAAGAGCUACAUAGAACCAGAUACUACUACAGCUAUGCCAGCUUUCUAUCUCAGUGUACCUACUGGUGGAUGAACCGUUUGUUAUCUAAAGGUUAUAAAAAACCUCUAGAGUUAAAAGACCUUGGAAAAUUGCCAGAGGCUGAGUGGACAGUGACCAAUUAUAAGAAACUAAAGAGUGUGUUCCAGGCAGAAAAGAUUAAGUCUGAGUCAGAACAAGACAAGUUCUCCUUAAUCCACUGCUAUGGGCGAGUCACAUGGCCUAUGCUUUGUCUGUCUGGCUUCUACAGGCUGGCGGGCGACCUGCUCCAAUUUGCAGCUCCUUUGUGCAUAAGUGGCAUCGUGACUUAUGUUACUGUGGAGAAUGGUAGAGCCAGUGAAAUGAAAAAUCCAGCCAUUCGAAAUAAUAGCACAGCAUCAAGCACUUUAGAUUUAGAACGUCCACAGCACAACCUGUAUGUUUCACCAGCUGAAUUUGUCACAAAUGGUUAUGUGCUGGCUAUGCUGUUGUUCCUGGCGUCAUUGGUCAUGAGCACCUUCUUGCAGAACUCUCAUUUUCUGCUUAUUCGAGAAGGUGCUAGAAUCAAAGUAGCUCUGCAGGCAAUGAUUUAUGAAAAGACCUUACAGCUGUCGAGCUGUCCAAUAAAUAGUGGGCAGAUAACGAGCGGACAGAUCUCAAACUACAUGUCCAAUGAUGUCAGCAUCAUCUGUAUGGCUUUCUCAUUGUUUCACCACGUAUGGGCAAUGCCAUUAUUGGUAAUCCUGUGCUUGAUAAUGCUGCACAGCCAAAUGGGUUACAGUGCAGUGAUUGGUGGUUGUGUGGUCUUCAUACUGACCCCAAUACAGUAUAAGGUGGCAUCAUAUGCUGCAUUUAUAAAUCAAGAUAUCAUGACCAGACAGCCAGAUUACAUAGAGAGCUGA